CAUCUCCGCCUGUAGUACUCCGUUCUUCAAGGAUCUGUGAGACAUGCUUGCUCUAGGAGCCUUGAGAUUUCUGAGCUUAUCAAGCGCCUGUGAAAAAUGCAUCCAGACCUAGGGCUGAAGGCCGCUUUGAACACAAGUUCUUGACCAGAGCUGAAGCAGCCGAUAAGAUAGCGAACAUGGCCUCCCUACAGGCCGGGAGCCGUCCAUCAAAGAUGUCAGCUCAGACGAAUCAGAGCACAAUGAUCGCUCUCGUAAUGACGACGAGUUGAAAGAUCUGAAAAUCUCUUGGGUACUGUAGAUGGUCCAUUCGCUCGAUCGGAUUGUCGCUAUUAUUGCGCACCGACCACGAUGACCACCAAUCGUGGUCCACCCGUUACCUUCAGAUUCGGACUCGCCAUGACGGAUCUAGAAAGCACAUGCAAUUGACAAGAUUCUAGUGUGCCUUUGACGUCUCAUACUGAACCGUGCAGGCGAUCUCAAGAUCAGUCGAAUGUUGAUCAAAAAUGGAAUCCAAACGUUCUGGACUCGGACUGACGUUAUUUUGUAGCGGCACACAAAUUGUGCUUCAAAACCUCUAGCAGGCGACUUACAGUAAGUCUAUUCUCCGUCCUCAGUUUUCAAAGAACCCCAUCCUGCUGGCUUUCCUCCGGCCUCCUUCUGGCCAUGAAGCGGAUAAGCUCUACUUGGCUAGGACUGGCAGCUAUAUCCUGCCUCAUCCUCACAGUUACUGCCGACUCAGUGACGAAAUGCGGCAACUCGGGCGAUUCGAGUUACUACAAUUCCACCACGCUGCCAUAUGUCUUCUACAAUAACCCAUGGGGCAAUGAUGGUUCGGGAUAUUCAUGCAUCACGGUCAAGAACAACGGAACAGCAUUCGACGCAACCUGGCGAUGGACCAACAACUCCGACAAGGUACACGCAUAUCCACACUUCAAGCUCGACUCAUCACUAUACCCGUUAUCCAUCAAAGAACUAGCAGCAAUCGACUUCCAAGGGACCUGGGCCGUCAACGUAUCAUCGGCCAUCAAUGACACGGCCCAAGAACGACUACAAGCCCUCGACGACGACGACGUACAGUACAAUGUGGCGCUAGACAUGUUCUUAGACGCCACCGCCAGCCAAGCGACGUCAGACCUGCCACAGUACGAAAUCAUGGUGUGGCUAUCGUAUUCAUACGACGUUUACCCAGUGGGCAUUGAUAGUUCGAGUCCCGAUAAAGACCAGUUCGUUGUUGGAGAUACGAGAUUCUUCCUCUUCCACGGCACAAACGACCAAAACCAAACCGUCUUCUCCUGGCUCGCCGAAACCAACCUGACCACUACUGGCAACGCCAGCUCCACCGACUUCUCCCCUCUCGUCCACUACCUGUGGCAAUUCGACUUCAUGCCCGCCGACUUGUAUCUGGGCACCGUCCAGUUCGGCACCGAGACCUACCACGCCUCCCCUGACGAAGUACUUUUCCGCGCCACAAAUUACUCUCUGGGCCUGAGUAGGAAUGAAUCCCAGGACCUGGCCGAACUAAACAAGGUCGAUGCUGUCAGUGUGCCUUCGCAAGUGCCGACGAUGGAAAGGUUCAAAAGUGGUGCUGCAGCAGCCGCUGCCGUUGGUACCAUGAAUUGUCUCCUACUAAUAUGUGUUUGGGCCGCCGGCUUUGUUCUGUUGGAUGGGAUUUGGUGACGUUGACCCCCUUUCGAGACGACAGGGGAAGUACGUCGGAGUCGUUCUCGUAUCUCAGGUACAUACGCCCUGCCCUCAUAUAUCUAUCUAUAGCUAAGACAACUCUUCGAUGGAUUGAUAAACUUCAUAGCCAAUGAAUGCAUUCUGGGGGCAUCCUCCUCCGGACUUCAGGCUUGCCUAGUUGUAAAGAAAUCAUUCUGUC